GAGUGGCGGCUCCACAGAGCUUUCUUGGGCCACUGCUCAAACAUGUUCUUGGCCAGAGUCCCACCUGCCCCUCCCACCUGCCCAUGCCAGCUCAUCAAGGCGGCCCCUCCCUCAGACUCCAGUUUCUAACAACAGAGGCUGUUGCUGCCGGAGCAGGGCCCAGGGCGACUAGCCCCAGCCCCACGCGCGGCCCAGCUGCAGGAACUCAGCUCAGAGGGGCCGAACUGUGAUCUCUGCCCACCACCUCUCUGUCCUCUGGCCUCCUGGGCCUCCCCGCCCAGCUGCUCCCAAGCUGGACCCACCUGGAGACCCCACUCGCUCCCGGCAGCCCCGGCUGCUGGGACAGAUCCCAGUGCCGGCAGGGGCUGUGGGAGGACCCCGGGGUCUGCACUGCUCCCCGGAUGGCCUGCUCUUCCUGACGGCCGGGGCUGCACCCUGCGUCCACGUGAUGGACCUCGAGGGACGCUCCAUCUGCCACCUGCCCUGCCAUCUGCCGGGGACUGGGGCCUUCGUGCCGGAGGACGUUGCUGUGACGGCUUCUGGGCUUGUGGUGGUCAGCGACCUCGUCCGUGGGGCUGUCCACGCACUUCAGCAUGCCGCCCGAGCCCCCCUGGGCCGCUGGGUCACGGUGGGCACCCACCUGGCCCCCCGGGGACUGGCUGUGGAUGCCGCUGGCCGCCUUCUGGUGACAGACUAUGUGCUUGGGGCUGUCCACAGCUUCACACUGGGCCCUGCCUUGCAGCCACUGGCCCCAGCCUCCAUGCUGGGUCUGGAGGGCCCGUGCUGGGUGGGCCCAGGGCCUGACGGGGGCCUCGCCGUGAGCGAAGAGUUUGGGGAUGUGUGGCUGUUCGGCAGUGCCUGCCAGCCCCUGGGCUCCCUGGGGGUUCGGAAAGGGCAUGCUUUUGGGAACCCAGCAGGCGUGUGCACCGAUGUGGAGGGCAGUGUCAUUGUGGCAGAUGAGCAAGGGCGCCGCGUGACCCUCUUUCCUCGGGCCAGGGAGCCCGUCUGCCUGGUGUCUGAGGGGCUGGGGCGGCCCCUGGGUGUGGCCUGUGCCCCUCAGGGCCAGCUCGUGGUGGCAGACGCAGGGGACAGCUACAUCAAGGUGUACCAGUACCACUCGGAGCCAGCCUGACCCAUGGACUCAGAUGGGAGCAGCACCUCCUGCAUGUUGGCCCAGCCCCCAGGGCCCUGGGCCACUACGGGAGGGACAUUCAGGGUUGGUGGGGUCCUCCAGGGCUGCCGGCCGUGCCUUUCUGACCUGAUAUAUUGGCUGACAGUUGCUAAGCACCUGUUGUGCCAGGCUCUGGGCUGGCCCCGUCCUCCUCUUGGAGAGGAUUCAGACUUGCCACAAACCAACCACCUCUCGGCCUCCCCUACCAGGUGCACAGCCUCCAAGUUUGGGUCCUCUCCACACCCCAGUUUAGUGGGCCCCCCAACUCACUGCCCCCAUGGCCACUCAGGCCCUGGUCCUGCAGGCUCAGGGCCCUGGAGGCCUGAGCUUUGAGGCCAACAGCUGAAGCCUGGAGAUGAUUGGUGUGUCGGGCUGGGCGCCCCAGGGUCCUAAUCAGACAGAAGCAGGCAGGGAGGGUUCUGCUGGGCUGGGCUGGGCUGGGCUGGCAGGGGUGUGGCCUCUCACUGUCCCCCGUCCUCAGAGGCACCCCAGACGCCAAGCCUCUCGCAGCUUCUCUGGGCCUAACUGAG